UUAUGUGCAUGUUGUCGGGGAAGGCGACAUUCCCAUGCCCUCUUGCAUUAUUCAAUCCAUGAUCCACUGAAUACUGUAUCUAUGCAGCCAAGGCAUUCCCUCCCACCUUUACAGUAUGCAGUGCACGCUCGAGGAGCCCGCCAGCGAUCUCAUUUCGGCGGGUCAUCGAGGUAUUCCUUUUCCUUUCCCUCUCUUAAUCUCACGUCGCAGGCCACUGGGUAACGGUGCUGGUCGUGGUCCGCGCUUUGCGGCCGUUUUCCCCCAUCUCGUCCUCUCCAGACAGAAGCCACUUGCGCCGAAAUCCCAUGUUCCGACCUCCUCCCCUCCUCGCCCCUUCACCCCUGCUCGCUUAGCCAGCGUUCCACCCCUGGUUCCCCAGGCUCCCUUGACAAUGCAACCAUCACUCACCCCCCCAUUGCAACGCGAGCCAAUGGUUUUCACUCCCGGUGCUGCCUCAGGACUCAUCCCCCUCUGGCAUGCUGCUGGAUGCCAGAUGACAAGAGAUAUGACCCUCCCGCCCCGGAGAUGAGGCUACGAUGUGGGAAAGGGUGCUAUCUACGGACGCCUCGGACGAAAGCGGCUCCCGUGGCUUGCUCAGGCCCAGGCCGACACUCUUGUCUAACCCCAAAUCAUCGCC